GAAAUUUGCUAAGCCAAACGAUGUCCAUUGCAUUCCAAAAGACAUAGUCGUUGCUGCGAAAGGAUGUUGUCUGACCUUUACAGAUGCCAACACGCAUUUUUCAAGGACAUACGGUGCAAAUAAUGCCGCGAAAGGUGAAGGGGUGAAAUGUUUCGCAGGUCACAGAACACUGCCUGUGUUUGCGUUUGCCGAAAUGUGUAUUCAACCCCAUAUUAUGGUUAUGCAUUAUCCCACCUUCCAAAAGUUUGCGGACCUUUCCGGUGAAUGUAUCGAAGGAUAUUCAGAAUUGACUUUUUCUGACGCUGAUUAUUUAGUAAGUUUGGGAAGCUUACCGCUGUUCACGUUGAUCAUAUGGAACUGGCGAAAAGGUGAAAUGCUUUCGAAAAUGAUAACUGGUCUUCCUUCUGUACACCAGAUAAUCAGGUGCAGUUCUACGAACCCAACAAUUGUUGCCCAAAUGGGUAUAGCCACGACGUUUUUGUAUAUGUGGACUAUUUUCGUAAGUGGAAAGAAGUUCAUUAUGAAGAAAAAAGAACUACGAGUCAAUCGAUUUACAACACCCUUUAGCUCCCUGGCAUGGCACAGUGAUGGAACUUUAUUUGUACUUGAUGUCAUAGGCAAUGUAUACACUGUUAACAACGAUUAUUUGUUGCAAUGUAUAAUAACUUGGCCAACACCAGGCACAUGUUUGACUUGUUUUGCAUGGUAUAAAGGAGGAUUAUUGGUUUCUGGAUCAAAUGGAAAAAUGAUUUUAAUGCAGGGCUACCCUGGUAUAAAAGUAACUGUAGAGGCCUACAUUCAAUCCAAGCAUCACUUAUGCGACUUCAUAUUGAUUCCAUCCAGAACAUGUUUGAGAGUCUUUGCCCUUUUGGUAACGUCAAUAAACUACAAAGCAGGAAACAGAAUAGUCCGUUACUGCGCGAUAAAGGGUAAAAAGGAUCCUAAAGUGAAGGAAUUUCAACUGGAAGAAGACAUGUGGUAUAAAAGCCUUCAUCCAACCGACAGAGAAAAUAGAGAUAGAGUAUUUUACGCAAUGCCGUUUGGAUCAAAAUUUCUGUACGAAUUAGAAACAAGACGAGGAGAUUCGUUUAUCCGAAUAACGGACAAAAUCAAUUUGGGCCAUCAACUAAAACUGAUCAAACUGACUUUCCGCGGUGAGAACAUGAUUUCAUUUGGCUAUGAUGGUCUGGUAAUCGUUCGUACAACAGAAGGACUCGAACCGGUAUGUGUAGUAAUGCCACACCAUAGGAAACACGGUGGUGUCAUAAAAGCCUAUAUUAGCCCCACUCUGUCUCAUGUGGUCUCGCUUGGAAGAGACAAUGUCAUGUGCUGUACCGCCCUUAAUACAGGACCAUUCGAUGAAGAGAAGUUAAACGAACUCAAACAAAUCCUGGAAACUCCCAAAUUGUUACUUAUGUUCGUCAAAUCUAAAUUCACUUGUAUACCAAUAGAGCAUCCAGGCAAGACGUGGUUAGAAGCACAAGCCAUAAUCGAAGCUGAAAAAGAAAGGGUAAUAUGUAUGGCAGAGAGAGAGGCGAUUUUGGCUGAAUUCAAAGUAAUCCAAAAGGAAGUACGUAAGUUGCUCCAUGGAAACCUGACCGGUCCUGACAACGAAAAAAUUCCCAUCACUUCCUUUGAUAUGGAUGACGAGUUAACAAAUUUAAAGUCUAUAGAGUGCGAUGAACGCUGCAAACAAACGGCUGAAGAGCUUGAAUUGUUAAUUGAAGCGCAGGACAGAGUAUCAAGGUGGCUAAAGGUGAAUUGUUGGGACAGCAUGAGUGUAAAAGGUAAAACCAUUUGGGGAAUAUUCAUGAGCACACGUGUUGAAAACUAUCCCCUUUUACCUGAAGAUGAUCGACUAGACUUUGUCGUUCAGUGUAUUGAGGAAUAUCGCAAAAUUGAAGAAUCUAUUAACACAGGACCUUUUUUGGCAUGGCAACCAAUACCAAGAAGCCAACUAGAAGCAUAUAUGGAAGAAGAGCCAACCAUAAAAGAUGAAAAAGAUGCUUUUCUAGAAACCCUAAAAGAGGAAGACGAGGAAGAACGUGAAGAAGAAGAUAUAGAGACUAUCACUGCUUUCGCAGGAUCUUUGACACACCUUUUUAUUGAAAAAAGCCCACAACAUUAUUCACAAGAGCAAAUACACUCAUAUAUUCAAGUCGAAUAUGAAACGUUACUCUCUUUAUACGAAAAUGGAAAACUGAAACGGUAUUUCAAUAAGCAAUUCGACACUAUCAUGUCCCAAAAAGAACGAGAAAUGAAACUCCUUGGGGAGAGGAAUGACCGAUUGCGAUACAUAAUUGCCGAAUUGAAUUUCUUCAAUGUUAACAAAUGGGGACUCGAAAGAAUCGACAUUUCCCCAAUCGAUCCGGAAUGGAAACCGACGGAGCAACCAGAGAAAAUUGUCACCGUUGCAGAUCAUGAGGUCCCGAUAACACCAUACAUUUCACCGAGUGAACAGGCAUUUUUAGAUGCGAAGGCAGCAGAGGAAGAACGCAUUCGACUGGCACUUCUUGCCGAUGACUUUAGGGAAAGAGCUCUGAUGAAAAUGAUGAACGGUGUAUUGGAAAUGAGAUGGGAAGAUGAAAUAAAGAAAGACGUUCCCAAGCCCAAAUGCAUGAUUGAAAAAGAACCUGAAGAAUACAAUGAAGAUGAUCUUCGUGCUGUAAGAGACUAUGAAGAAAAGGUGAAGCAACUGAAUUCUGAUCGAGAAUAUUACAAACUGUUACUGGAAAAUGAGUACGGGAAACUGUGCAAUACUUUAAGGGAGGGCGUUCGUAAAUUUAAUGGACGACUGGAUGACUUCCUAUUAGUGAAACUGAAAGUAGAAUCUGCCAUCCUUCAGGAAAGGCUCAAAGUCGACAUGAUACGGAAAAGAUCAGCAAGGAAGCUUCUUCUCAAUGAGGAGGAAGCUAAUGUCUUCAAGCAGACUCAAGAAAAUGACAGAGAAUUGGAUGAAGUUUUGAGGUUCAUCCCAGUGAUUUACGAAAAUCUCCAAGAAUGUCGUGGUGAAAUCGAGAAUAUCAAUGCAAGAGAUAAAAUUUUGGAGAAGAAUUUUAAAAAGGACUUUCAAAACGCAACCCCUGUUGUUAACGAGCAAGCUAACAAACAAAUGAAGAGACGUCCAAAGACUAAUAUUCGUAACAUAACUUCGUCUACGAUCGUGAUAGAAUUGGCACGUUGCGUUUCAACUAACCAGCGUUCCCUCCUCAUAAGUCUCUGUCCAGACGCAGUGGAAUUCCUAAAAGCGUUGGACGCCAUCGACAUGUAUGUCGGAAUUCCCACGGCAAUUGAUGAACUAACGUAUGCCAAAAUAUGCCAGCAUCGAAGAUAUAAAAUAGAAAAUGAGCUCAGGGCAAGAGCCAAUGCUCUAGAUGUAGCAGAAGCGGAAAACACUUUGCAUGUUUACAAAAAGCUACUGGAACAAAAAAGGGAAUACACCAGAAAGUUGAGGGCGGAUAUAGAUAAAAUUCGAGCGGAUAAACUGGAGAACGUUCACAAUAACGAAAUUUUGUUGGUUGUCAAUGAAGGCAUAGUGGAACUGCCUUUGACUGGAUCGGCGAGCGAUUUCGAAAACGCGAUUUUAAUACCAAAAAAGGAAAUAGAAUUCGUAAAUCGUAUAAUUCUGAUCGAUCCGGAAUGGAAACCGACGGAGCAACCAGAGAAAAUUGUCACCGUUGCAGAUCAUGAGGUCCCGAUAACACCAUACAUUUCACCGAGUGAACAGGCAUUUUUAGAUGCGAAGGCAGCAGAGGAAGAACGCAUUCGACUGGCACUUCUUGCCGAUGACUUUAGGGAAAGAGCUCUGAUGAAAAUGAUGAACGGUGUAUUGGAAAUGAGAUGGGAAGAUGAAAUAAAGAAAGACGUUCCCAAGCCCAAAUGCAUGAUUGAAAAAGAACCUGAAGAAUACAAUGAAGAUGAUCUUCGUGCUGUAAGAGACUAUGAAGAAAAGGUGAAGCAACUGAAUUCUGAUCGAGAAUAUUACAAACUGUUACUGGAAAAUGAGUACGGGAAACUGUGCAAUACUUUAAGGGAGGGCGUUCGUAAAUUUAAUGGACGACUGGAUGACUUCCUAUUAGUGAAACUGAAAGUAGAAUCUGCCAUCCUUCAGGAAAGGCUCAAAGUCGACAUGAUACGGAAAAGAUCAGCAAGGAAGCUUCUUCUCAAUGAGGAGGAAGCUAAUGUCUUCAAGCAGACUCAAGAAAAUGACAGAGAAUUGGAUGAAGUUUUGAGGUUCAUCCCAGUGAUUUACGAAAAUCUCCAAGAAUGUCGUGGUGAAAUCGAGAAUAUCAAUGCAAGAGAUAAAAUUUUGGAGAAGAAUUUUAAAAAGGACUUUCAAAACGCAACCCCUGUUGUUAACGAGCAAGCUAACAAACAAAUGAAGAGACGUCCAAAGACUAAUAUUCGUAACAUAACUUCGUCUACGAUCGUGAUAGAAUUGGCACGUUGCGUUUCAACUAACCAGCGUUCCCUCCUCAUAAGUCUCUGUCCAGACGCAGUGGAAUUCCUAAAAGCGUUGGACGCCAUCGACAUGUAUGUCGGAAUUCCCACGGCAAUUGAUGAACUAACGUAUGCCAAAAUAUGCCAGCAUCGAAGAUAUAAAAUAGAAAAUGAGCUCAGGGCAAGAGCCAAUGCUCUAGAUGUAGCAGAAGCGGAAAACACUUUGCAUGUUUACAAAAAGCUACUGGAACAAAAAAGGGAAUACACCAGAAAGUUGAGGGCGGAUAUAGAUAAAAUUCGAGCGGAUAAACUGGAGAACGUUCACAAUAACGAAAUUUUGUUGGUUGUCAAUGAAGGCAUAGUGGAACUGCCUUUGACUGGAUCGGCGAGCGAUUUCGAAAACGCGAUUUUAAUACCAAAAAAGGAAAUAGAAUUCGUAAAUCGUAUAAUUCUGAAAAACGGUAGAAGAAAACUGAGAGCAAUGAGAGCCAAUAUGGCCCAUCAUAGGGCCAUUCUUAUGUUGGAAUGGGAACACACCAGGCUAAGAAUGACCGUUGCUGAUUAUAAAGAACAUAUAAAAGAUAUCGAGGGCGUUACGGUAACCAAGGAUAUGCAGGGUUAUUUAAAAGCGAUGGCCAGAGGAUACACCCCCGAGGGUUCGCUGUCUUUUGAAGAAGAAUUGGAGAGACUAACUCAAUCCUACGAAAAAAUGCUCAACGACAGAAAAGAAAAAGUGGAAAAAAUUCAGAAGAAAAUCAAAGCCUUCAAGGCAGACAACAAAAAACUAGAUCAAGAAAUUGGAUCCAUAAAUAUCGACAUUUGCGAUUAUAACAUAAAAAAGGACGAUACAUUGGAAGAUAGAGAACAAGAAUUAAUCAGGAUAAGUACAAUAGAGGGCACUCAUGUAACGAAGCGGGAAAAAAUUUAA